GGGAACAGCGACCGCCUGCUGGGAGUCAAAGCGAAAGCACUCCAGCUCCAGCUGAAACUGGGCCCGGAGUCUGGGCUCCGAGUGGGAAAGCAUGGCUGGAGAGGAAUUCUAGCCCUUGUUCUCUCCCGGGGGACACAGGGCUGAUUGGCAGCAGGGGUGGGGUGUCUGCCCCCCCUUGGGGGGGCAGGACAGGGCCUCAGGCCUGGGUGCUGUCUAGCACCUGGAAGAUGCCUAUGUCCUGGUUCCUGCUGUCCUUGGCACUGGGCCGGAGCCCUGCGGUGGUUUCUCUGGAGAGGCUCGUGGAUCCUCACGACACUGCACGCUGCUCUGUAGGUCUUUCCUGCCACCUCUGGGAUGGUGACGUGCUCUGCCUGCCUGGAAGCAUCGAGCCUGCCUCAGGCCCUGUGCUGGUGCCCACCCGCCUGCAGACGGAGCUGGUGCUGAGGUGUCCACGGGAGACCGACUGUGCCCUCUGUGUCCGUGUGGUUGUACACUUGGCUGUCCAUGGGGCCUGGGAAGAGCCUGAAGAAAAGUCUGACUGGGAACCCCAGGAGCCUAGAAACGCAUCUCUCCUGGCCCAGGUGGUGCUCUCCUUCCAGGCCUACCCCACUACCCGCUGUGCGCUGCUGGAGGUACAGGUGCCUGCCGCCCUGGUGCUGCCAGGCCAGUCUGUGGGCUCUGCGGUGUUUGACUGUUUCGAGGCUGGUCUUGGGGCCGAGGUACGAAUCUGGUCCUACACACAGCCCAGGUACCAGAAAGAACUCAACGUCACACAGCAGCUGCCUGACUGCAGGGGUCUUGAAGUCCGGGACAGCAUCCAGAGCUGCUGGGCCCUGCCCUGGCUCAAUGUGUCUGCAGAUGGUGACAAUGUUCGCUUGGUACUGGACGUCUCUGAGGAGCAGGACUUUGGCCUCUUACUGUACUGGGAUCAGGUUCAGGGUCCUCUCAAAACCUGGAAGCAAAAAAACCUGACUGGACCACAGACUAUUACUUUAAACCACACAGACUUGGUUCCCUGCCUCUGCAUUCAGGUGUGGCCCCUGGAGCCAGAUUCUGUUAGGACCAGUUUCUGCCCCUUCCGGGAAGAUCCCCGAGCACACCGGAACCUUUGGCGCAUAGCCAGGCUGCGGCUGCUGUCCUCAGGGACAUGGCAGCUAGAUGCACCAUGCUCUCUGCGGGCCAAGAUGACACUGUGCUGGCAGGCACCAGACCAGAGUCCCUGCCAGCCACUUGUGCCACCGAUGCUCCAGGAGAAUGUCACUAUGAAUAAGCCUCAUGAAUUCCCGUUACUGAGAAGCCACCCCAACCUCUGUGUCCAGGUGAGCAGCUGGGAGAAGGUCCAGCUCCAAGAGUGCCUGUGGGCUGACUCCUUGGGGCCCUUCAAGGAUGAUAUGCUGUUAGUGGAGGUGAGAACUGGCCCAAACAACACAGCAGUCUGUGCCUUGGAACCCAGUGGCUGUACAGCACUGCCCAGCAACGCCUCCACGAGAGCGGCUCACCUGGGAGAGCAGUUGCUGCAAGACUUCCGGACACAGCAGUGUGUGCAGCUGUGGAAUGAUGAUGACCUGGGAGCGCUGUGGGCCUGCCCCAUGGACAAGUACAUCCAUAAGCGCUGGGUCCUGGUGUGGCUGGUCUGUCUAAUCUUGGUCGCUGCGCUUUUCUUCCUUCUCCUUCUAAAAAAGGACCGCGUGAAAGCGGCCCCCAGGGCCCGCACAGCCUUGCUCCUCCACUCCGCCGACGGAGCGGGCUACGAGCGUCUGGUGGGCGCGCUGGCGUCAGCGUUGAGCAAGCUGCCGCUGCGCGUGGCCGUGGACCUGUGGAGCCGCCGCGAGCUGAGCGCGCACGGGGCCCUGGCCUGGUUCCACGGGCAGCGGCACCGGACCCUGCAGGAGGAUGGCGUAGUGGUCCUGCUCUUCUCGCCCGCGGCGGCGGCGCAGUGCCAGCAGUGGCUCCAACACCAGACAGUGGAAUCAGGGCCGCACGAAGCCCUCGCCUCCUGGCUCAGCUGCGUGCUGCCCGAUUUCUUGCAAGGCCGGGUGGCCGGCCGCUACGUCGGGGUCUACUUCGACGGGCUGCUGCACCCCGACGCCGUGCCCGCCCCGUUCCGCGCUGCGCCGCUCUUCUCCCUGCCCUCGCAGCUGCCUGGCUUCCUGGAUGUCCUGCAGGGAGGCUGCGCCCCGCGCCCCGGGCGGCUCGCGGACAAGGCGGAGCAAGUGGCCCAGGCCCUGCGGGACGCCCUGGACAGCUGCACCUCGUAUUCAGGAGCCCCGGGCUGCGGCGAACCUGGCUUCUCCAGUGAACCCUCCCCUUGACCUGUUUCUGCACGUCCCCAGCCUGGGAAAAGAUGGCCCCACAGCCCCUAAGGGGCCUGGUCCCAUCUCUGCUCUGUGGCCUGAGCCUGUUUCUGAGUCUCCCGGGACCUGUCUGGCUCCAGCCCUCUCCUCCUCCCCUUUCUUCUCCCCGAGCUGAGCCCCAUCCAUGUCAUACCUGCCGAGCACUGGUGGACAGCUUCAACAAGGGUCUGGAGAGAACCAUCCGAGACAACUUUGGUGGUGGAAACACUGCCUGGGAGGAAGAGAAGUUGUCCAAAUACAAAGACAGUGAGACCCGCCUGGUGGAGGUCCUGGAGGACGUGUGCAGUAAGUCAGACUUCGAGUGCCAUCGUCUGCUGGAGCUGAGUGAGGAGCUGGUGGAAGCCUGGUGGUUUCACAAGCAGCAAGAAGCUCCAGACCUCUUCCAGUGGCUCUGUUCCGACUCCCUGAAGCUGUGCUGCCCCUCUGGCACCUUUGGGCCCUCCUGCUUGCCAUGUCCUGGGGGCACAGAGAGGCCCUGCGGUGGCUACGGGCAGUGUGAAGGGGAAGGGACUCGAGGGGGCAGCGGGCGCUGUGACUGCCAAGUCGGCUAUGGGGGCGAGGCCUGCGGCCAGUGUGGCCUUGGCUACUUUGAGGCGGAGCGUAACAGCAGCCACCUGCGUGUUUUGGUCCCUGUGCCCGCUGCACGGGACCGGAGGAAUCCCACUGUCUGCAGUGCAAGAAAGGCUGGGCCCUGCACCAUCUCAAGUGCGUAGACAUCGAUGAGUGUGGUACGGAGCAAGCCACCUGUGGAGCCGACCAGUUCUGUGUGAACACCGAAGGCUCCUAUGAGUGCCGAGAUUGUGCAAAAGCCUGCCUGGGCUGCAUGGGAGCAGGGCCAGGCCGCUGCAAAAAAUGCAGCCGUGGCUACCAGCAGGUGGGCUCCAAGUGCCUAGAUGUGGAUGAGUGUGAGACAGUGGUGUGCCCGGGAGAGAAUGAGCAAUGUGAGAACACGGAGGGUAGCUACCGCUGUGUCUGUGCUGAGGGCUACAGAAAGGAGGAGGGUGUCUGCAUGAAGGAACAGAUCCCAGAGCCGGCGGGCUUCUUCGCCGAGAUGACGGAGGAUGAGAUGGUGGUCCUGCAGCAGAUGUUCUUUGGUGUUAUCAUCUGCGCCCUGGCCACACUGGCUGCUAAGGGGGACUUGGUGUUCACUGCCAUCUUUAUUGGUGCCGUGGCAGCCAUGACCGGGUACUGGUUGUCAGAGCGAAGCGACCGUGUGCUGGAGGGCUUCAUCAAGGGUAGAUAAUCCCUGCCACCACUUACGGGAUUUCCUCCCACCCAGAGGUCAUAUCCUUCUCCUGCUGGACACCUGGGGCAGUGGGGUUUCUCUUUGAGACUGGGGUAAAUGCCCUUUUACCUGCCUUACUGAGCAGCCCAGGACCCCAUUAGCCCUGGGGGUUAAAAAGAAGCCCUGAAGCUGAUGCCAUGAGAACUUUGCCUAGGGGCCUGGCAGGCAUUACAGUGCGUGACGUUCAAAGACAGUUUCUUCUUAGGGAGGUUGCGGGCUUUGGCCCCCGCCCAGGACAAGAGGUGUCCCCUCAGGGGUGGGGCCACCAUAGCCUCCGCCAGGUGCAUGCUGACAGCUCCUGUGUGUAUUCACCUCCCACCCCCCAGCCACUGACUUAUUUAUUCAUCUCAGGAAAUAAAGGAAGGUCUUGAAAACUGGAAAA